UGCGGGAUAGUUGCGCAUACAUGUAUAAAAGCCACGUCAACUUUGGUUUGUGUGGCACGCUCUUGAUUCUUCUGGUGCAGUGGUGGCUGCGUUUAGAAAAACUUCGAAGUGCUGCACAAAUUUUUCAAUUGCCAAUUUUAAAUUUGAAGUGGUCUGCAGUCUCGCUGCAAUCAAGCCUUCAAUUGUCAGCAGCCUGUUGAUUGCUAGUGCCAAGCAGACUUAGACUGUAAAGCCGGCUGGUGAAGUAGAGUUACUUCGUGUCGAGAUGGUUUCGCUUCGAGUAAGAGAACGUCUGCAAGUUUCGGCCCUGCUGGCCCUGACAUUUGUGGCAUUUGCUGGGGCAAGAUAUACGCCUUCAAAGUAUUACGAUGAAAAUGAAGAACACUCUAGACUGCCAAACGACUCAGUUCAGCAAUUUAUUGACACCUUGCGGAUACCACCACAACUGAGCCCUGUCACCAACGAUUUCCCGACCCGGGAGGACUUUCUCCGUAUGCCGUCCAUGGAAGGUGCGGAUGCACAACGGAUCGCAUUUGGAGAAAGCAAACCCACCCACUCACCGGCCGUUGAGAUACCGCUGACCCCUAGGAACAGACGGUCACUCUCCUACCCUUUUUAUAAGAGAUCGAUGGUUAGCUCUGAGGAGACUGUGCGGGCUUGCGAAGCACAGAGCGACUGGGUACAAAUCACACGAGCGACUGCUUUGGAAAACGAGGAAGUCAUCUUGGGGACUCGGCAAUGGUUCUGGCAGACGACGUGUUUGGACGAAGGAGGUAAAUGCUACGGGUUCAUGGAAACGCCGCGCAUGACGUCAAGCUGUAGACCCGUGUUCUCCUGGGUGGUUGCCUGGGCCCGGCCUGAGUCCGUCAUGAACUACACAUGGCGUUUUAUUGCUCUGAAAACAUGCUGCUCGUGUGCCGUCAUCAAGGCGUCUUCAAAUCUCCCGCUUGAAAAAUAAAAACAGCAUCGCGCCCACAACGGCUGAACAAGACCCGUUUUAACAUGAAACUGACUGACCACGCCGUCUCCAAACCUAGUUAGCAUUCCAGAGACAGACAUCAUUGAAACGAUUGCAAAAAUGUUUUUAAAUGGAUCCUUGUAAAGAUUCGAACACGUGCAUUAUGCCAUAUAUGCAGUUCCUUAAUUUUCUGUUUUAAUUCAAGUCAACGUUUUCGAAUUGUAGUUGUCUCAUUCACACGUUGACUAAAUUAGUAAAGUCACUAAAACAAUGACUUAACUGAAUUGAUUUACUGGUGGGUAACGAUGAUGUAUGUUGGCUGACUUUGGUUGAUUGGCUGGUUUUGUUGGUUUUGAGUUUAAUGGAUGCGUGAAGGAGGUAAACACUUCCCGAUGAAUGCAAACCGUUUGGUAAAAAGUAAAAUGAUUUAGGUGUUCUAAUAUUCUGAAUUAUUUGAACUAGUUGGCGGUCGUUUAUUGGCGUACGACAAGCAUCACCGUACACACGGUAAUCAAGCAAUCCACUGAGGGUACCGGGAGACAACGGCAGCUUUUGUGUUGCUUUUCGUAGGUUUUGCAAAUCCCUUCCUAGUGACAAAUUUUUCCAAACGCUAAGCCUACAUAAGUGCAAUCACGUGCAAUCGCCUUCGAUACUCAUGCACGCGCUUCAGGCAAACUUCACACAAAUCUGUCUCUAUCACUGAAAUCGCAACACUGCGUACACUGAUCGCUACACAAAACGCAUCUCCCCGUGCUGCGAUCUGUUUCCUCGAGUUGCAAUUUUUCUAUGGUCAGAAUUUUUUUAUUACUCCAUAAAUAAGCUGCUGGGGUCAACAUUAGUUUUCAUUCAGCUCAGAAGAUGAAUAUUUAGCGUAAUGAAACUUUGUUUACUUGCAUUUAUAGAAGUAUAGCUAAACGCAGAAGAGGCUUGAAAACGGAGGCUUCAGAAGUUACUUUAAUUUAUGAAAUGAAUGCCAAAAAUAUUUUUAUUGACGGAAACAUCUGGAGGCCACAUUAGCCAACGCCUUGCCAGCAGUAAUUUUUAAAAUUGUAAAAAUAUUACAUAUUAUAUAUUACCAGAUCAUGAUUGCGUGGAACAAAUGGCAUUCAAAAUAGCCAUUGGAUUGUUUCAUUAUUAACGGUUACUUGGGUCGGUGUCGCAAAUGGGUUAAUACGGGAAAACACUGAGGCGAUGGCGGCUUUGAGGCUGUGACGGAUAGCGUGACAUGGUUGGUAGCAACAAAAGUAACUGGCGGCCGAAGUCAUGUCACAGAAGGAGGUGCUGCAGAAGUGGAGGAGGGUAUGGUUUGGUGGUUCAAUUAUGACGGUGUGCAGGUGUGGAUGGCCGAAGUGGCUGCACUUCGAAUGAUGGUUAGUGGUAGAGUGCUAGGGCGAGGGAAAGUGGUGGUGAUAACCUGAUAACGAAGAUGAAAGUGGUGGUAGAUUGCAACAGUGAUAUGAAUCAUGGAGAAAGGUUAUUUUGCUGUCACUCAAUCUGAAAUGACGACACGAAUGCAUUUUAAAAUCGACAAUCCAAUGAGCCGAUUUUAAUGAGGAAAAUCAAUAAAGCUUAUAACUGCUAAUUUAGACAAAUCUGCAAGAUG